AGAUCUAAAUAGGUAGCCAAAGACACACCCGUUUUGCGGUGCAUGCCAACGGCGACGCUAAGCUAGGGAGGUCAAACUCGUCCGCGCAUUCCAGGUGUGUGGACGAAAAAAAAAAAAAACACGAAUGCCAGCAAAUUGAACUGCAUACAGUUGUAUACAACGCUGUACAAUCACAACAAGAUCACCCGUCAACAUGGCUACGAAGAAUGGACUUAUAACUUCUUCAUUCAAGGUGGUGAAGAAAGCAACAAAUGUAGCAAAGCGGGAUGAGAGGCCACCUCCUCCACCACAAAAUACAGAAACUCCAUCACCCCGACAUGAAGACCAACAGAAACUGAGACAGUUUGACCUGGACUGGAGAUAUGGGCCCAGUACAGGUAUCAGCAGGCUUCAAAGAUGGGACAGGGCAAAGAUUCAUGGUUUGAAUCCACCUGAGGACAUCCGAGACUUGCUGCUGCUAAAACAAACUGAUCAAGAGGACAAGUUGAGUUUAUGGAGCGAAUAUCCUUUGUGAUGAUGACUCAAGAAGAAGAAAACUUGAGGAUCAAGGAGCGCUCAAGUUGUGUCAACACUGCUGCUUUGCCAAUCAGAACACAGAAUCCCAACCUCUUCUCUUCCAUACAGGGAAUAAAAUAACAAGAAGAAUCUAAAUGUUCCCGUGUGUUUGUUACAGUAGAAUAGAGCAAGCAUAUUAGCCACAAUAGGCUCAAUUAAAGGAGCUAAGUUUGAGUUUUCAUUGAUGCUGUGAGAAGAGUUUUUACUCAACAAUACAUCCAUCCAUCUACUUUGGCUUAUCCAGGGUGGGGUCACAGGGGCAGCAGCCAAAACAGGGAAGACCGGACUUCCCUACCCACCGCCACUUCGCCCAGCUCUUCCGGGGAGAUCCCGAAGUGUUCCCAGGACUGAUGAAAGACACUGGGCCACUUCAGAAAGUCAAAUAUCCUAACCACCUGCCACCAAGGAGCUUUUUAACCACCUCAGUGACCUCAAUCCCAGAGAUAGAAGAACCCACCUCAGAGUGUCCAAACUUGUUUCCUCAUGGGAAGGCGUGUCGGUGGACUUGAGAAGGUAUUCGAGGUAAGUAUUCGGCCCACCUACUCACAACAUCCCGAGUUGAGGUCAGCAGCAUACCGUCUCCACUAUACACAGUGUUAACGGUGCACUGCUUUCCCCUCCUGAGACGCCUCGACGUCGUUUUCCAUGGCCUCACCGAACUCCUCCUACGCCCAAAUUUUUGCCUCAGCGAUCACCAAAGCUGCAUUCCGCUUGGCCAGCCAGUACCCAUCAGCUGCCUCCUGCCAAAAAGGCCCGAUAGGACUCCUUCUUUAGCUUGACAGCAUCGCUUACUGCUGGUGUCCACCAACGGGUUUAGGCAUUGCCGCCCACGACAUGCAGUUGCUUCCUUACGGCCACAGCUCCGGUCAGUUGCCUCAACAAUGGAGGCACAGAACAUGGCCCACUCCUCCCACAGGUGGUGAGCCCAUGGUUAGACUCCACGGUCUUCAUUUUGUUUUUUCUUCAGCCAUUCAGAGGUGGACUUGUUGGUGUGUUUUGGAUCAUUGUCCUGGACAGUUUGACAUUAAGAUGUGGGCUAUGCAUUAACUGGGCUGCAGGUCAUUUUUAUUGAGACAUUAAAUGCAGACGGCACUCAUUAAAGCUUUGCUUUUAGAGUAGGCCUAAGCUAAUAAGUGUAAAUGAAAGCCAACAGACCUCUCAGCAGCAAUGCAUUUAUUUGCUGUGUUCAUUUAACCUAAACAAUCAUAUGGAUAAUAUUUUUCAAUAAGUGUUGAUUCAAAUGAUUUGUUCAUUCAUACCAAAUAAUGAUUAUAUCGUCAUUCCAAUAAAAUAUGCAGAUGCUUUCCCCGAUACUCUUAAACACAUUCCAGAUUUACCCAAAGGAAAAAAAUGCUAAUUAUAUUAAAUGUGGUUAAAUGUUGGUUAUGGGAUUAUUUAAAGAUUUGAUCUUUAUUUAAGAAAAUGUACGAAAAGUCCCAAACAGGAUUAGAGAUCCUUUCUACUUUGCAAAUGAUCAAAGUGUGUGAAUUCAGAAACAUUGUUUGUGUGUGUGGUGUUUUUAAGGAAAACCUUUAAAGAUAAUGGUUUGUAUGGUUGACUUUCUGAAGUAUAUUUCAAUAGUACUGAAACCAGACCUCCGUUGAGAGGGUCAAAGGGUGGGAGUCCAACAAUCUUUUGUUUGCACGUCUAAAUCCCAGGACAUCUUUAAAUCAGUUAUAUGGAUAGUGGGGUUUCCGGCUAAUCCUUGACCGAAACCUGACCGGUAUGUACAACCGGGGUCAGGUCAUCAGAGAGGACUGGUUUUCAUUAUCGCAACCAAGGGCCCCAGGGAGGGGGGAAAUUGACAGAGUAAAAGAGACACCCGCAGGGGAGUGCAAGUCCAAAUAUGGUCAUGAGGAACGGCCCUCUCACGGGUGCCCCAAGGAGGGGUUAAUUCCACACCCAGAAAAUUAAACCUUGAUAAACUGAGAUCCAGGGGGUUUUCGGGGGCUUUUUCGUCGUUCUGACCACGAAGCAGCUGCUAUGACACGAAGGCCUGUUCAAUAAAUCGAAUUAGCCCAAACGGUAAGUGUCUCGAAGUCUUCAUUCAACCCAUGCCAGACGGAAGUCGAAGUUCUCCCAGGAGAUCAAUCGACUCGGAAGCACAGGUGCAAGAAAAUGAACCAUCCAUCCAUCCAUUUUCUGAGCCGCUUCUCCUCACUAGGGUCGCGGGCGUGCUGGAGCCUAUGUCAGCUGUCAUCGGGCAGGAGGCGGGGUACACCCUGAACUGGUUGCCACCCAAUCGCAGGGUACAUACAAACAAACAACCAUUUGCACUCACAGUCACGCCUACGGGCAAUUUAGAGUCUCCAAUUAAUGCAUGUUUUUGGGAUAUGGGAGGAAACCGGAGUGCCCGGAGAAAACCCACGCAGGCACGGGGAGAACAUGCAAACUCCACACAGAUUGAACCCGGGUCCUCAGAACUGUGAGGCUGACGCUCUAACCAGUCGGCCACUGUGCCGCCGAAAAUGAACCACACUUGCCAAAAUACUCUCACUCUCUAUCUCCUCACAACCCCAUUUUGAAGCACAAUGAUGCAUCUUAUAUAGCUAGUAUGGCGCCAAACCACUCAAAUCUGUCAAACCUGUCAAGCUGUCAUUGGCUCAUGGCUUUUCAACACAUUCUGCGCUUCGAAACAUUUUGAAGGAAUGAAGCUCGAAGCGAAACAGCGGUGACGUUCGAAGCUUCGAACGUCAUCGGUGUCGAGUGGGCAGCCAAGCCACAUAUAAGCGAUGGUGCAAAAGGUUGUAAUUGGCUUAUGUUGCUGGGUUCAUGUGAUUGAGCUUAGCCCCAGUUUCAAUUCCUUGUUCAACCACCAGAGGUCGACAAACCAAAUUUAGAUCAUGACGUAUGAGUCGCCAGGUCAAGCGUAAGUCUUCUUAAAUAUCUUAAUACUAUUAAACCCCUUGUCAUAGUAAACAAACACAUACUGAAGUCAACUGCUUAUAAUCAUUUGUUUGAUUUUAUAUCCUUGAGAUAAUUUUGAUGUUCUCUGUGAUGUUAUAAUUCAGAUGUUCUUUUGGAAAUCAUUGAUAAAAAGUACAUCAAGCCUAAUAAGGCUGUUAUAUAUUAUUCUUACUUUUGUAUUACUAUUAUGCAAUGCUUUGGAACAGCUUGUAUGCAAAGACUGUAACCUGUGUAAGGUUGUCUCUCUCAGGCAACGAAGCACACGAAUGCUAAUGUAAUGUAAGCACGGACCUGUACGGACCUGUUGAAAUGCAUGAGAGAAUUGUAUUCACAAGAAUGUAUAUACAAUUAACUGACAAAUAACAUAUACACAUGUAUUGCAGAAUGCUUAGAGAUUAACGUGAUGUGAUAAAGUGUAUUGGUUGUGUUCAAGACGUAUGAAAUAUGCUUGUCAUUGAAUGAAUUUAUUGAAGAACCUACAAGACAUAUGAAAUAUGCUUGUAGUCGAUUGUAUUUACUGUGAACCUAUUUUGGGUGAGCAAAAAGGAGGUCAAAGUCAGGACAUUGAAUGAGUAAUAAAGUAAUAGGUGCUUUCAACUAAGGUCAAAGUCAGGACACUUAAUGAGUAAUAGAGAAAUAGGUGCUUUCGACUCAUGUCAAAGUCAGGAAUAAUAGAAAAACAUGGCAGGAACCGAGGUUAUAAGAACCCCUCACACUGACAAACGGGGCUCCUUAUUCUCUCGAGGUAGGGAGACACACGUUCUUUUUCCAUCGCAAUGAUCAGGGACUGGCUGGCAGGAGGACUUCAUUUUUGAAUCUUCCUCUUUAAUUGGGAAAGACUAAAAGAAUAUCGUAAUAAGGUAACUAAUAGAACCCCUAUUGACUUUGCGUAGACAGGAAAAAGAGCUAGUCAGCUGUCCAGAGAUUCGUACGUUCCAAAUUAUCUUAUUAUUAAUUGGCAUUACGGCUCCGUAGGACUUGAUCACUCCUUAAAGCUCACUCAAAAGGUAAAGACUUGUUUUAUGACUUAUUACUUUUAAACUACUUCUAUUUCUUUUCAUUUUUAUUAUUCUUAUUAUUGUUCAUUUUAUAUGACAAAC